AUGUUAAAGUUGGAGACGCCAGACGUCCGUAUGACUUUACCGUCGCCUCCUCGUGCACCAGAUCCCACGGCGCUAGCUGCUUAUUGGGCGGAGUAUGAGGAUCUAUGCAGACAGAUCAGCACUGCACACCACACUGACGAUGACGAUAACCAUUAUGAAGAAGGCGAAUUAGAAACAGAAUGGCUACAAGCAGCUGGACUGGGAUCCCUGGCAGCGCCUUUCCAGGCUGGCCUGGAGGUGACCGAAGCCCAGCUUGGUGAAGCCGUAAGGCCUUUACCUCGUGAGCAAGCUGCAGCUGUUCGUCGACGGGUUAGACGACUAAACAGAACCGUGAGGCGACGCAAAGCUGCUACCCGUGCUAAGAAACCCGAUAUCAGAGAUGUCUUUCGUGACUUGGAGAACUCAAGCGGCAGUGAGCCUCGGUCGCGUAGUGCGACCCCUGACUCUUUGGAUUCGCUGCCUAGUGGAGGAUCAGGUAGCCCCCCCACUGAGUGGGCAGACGCAGCUACUCCACCAGAUUUUGUCGACAGUUAUCCAGCGGGCACUCACGCGCCCAUAGCUCGUACGCCGUCUGCCCCGAGCGGGCGCAGGGCGCGUCUCUCCCCGCCCAAUCCUCUGUCCCCAUCGCGCCCAGUUCAUGAGCUGUUCAAGCCCAAUGAGUUGCAUUGGGCUGAUAUAGCCUCCAACACUGAAGGCAUAGAAUUGCUUGGUUACCAACGGUACGGCACCGUGCAGGGCCCUCGGAUAGGAAAGGAACGGAUCAAUGGCUCCAUUCUCAAAGAGAACGAUAUUUUUAUGAAACACGCCCCAGUGUCACGAACAAAGAGCGCAGCCUCCACCCAGCAGCCUCUCAGCUUCGAACAUAAGUUUAAUCUCGAUCGACAAAUGCUCGAACACGACGAAGAAUGGCCUGAACAAGACAGCACAGUUGACAUCGAAAGCCUCUGCGAGUCCCAGUUGAAGAAACUGCAGCCGUUGCUCUGGCUCGAACUAACGGCGUUGUUUGACAAAUUCUCGCUUCCAUUUCACAAACGAAAACCACCGAAGAAAAAGAGAAAAGAAGAAGGAGCGAUAUUUGGAGUUGCCCUGGAAACCUUGCUCCGUAAAGAUAUGAUUAUAUGGGAGGAGACAUGGAGUUCUGUACCAGCGAUAGUUAGAUCUCUCAUUGAAUCAUUACGGGACAGGACUGGUGAUGAAGGGCUUCUUCGGGUACCUGGUAAUAAGCAUAAGAUCGAAUCCCUUUGCCAGUUGAUAGAGCACCAGUGGUACUGCGAUCGAGAAUCCGUGCAAGAGGUCUUGUCCCGGGCCACGGGCCACGAUCUUGCUGCUGUGUUCAAGCGGCUUUUGCGAGCUUUGCCCCAACCGCCGCUUACUCAAGAACUUGCUAAGCUCUUUUACCAUACAUAUGCAUUAUCUGGCAGUACCCAGGGACGCGCGUUAAACCUCCUUGUGCUGCUUCUACCAGCUGAACAGCGCGCGACGCUGCGGGAGAUAUUACGGCUCGUUUCCGACAUUGUAGCACUGAGCGAUACAAACAAAAUGAGUGAACACAAUGUAGCUAUGAUCAUAGCACCCGCACUUUUUCCACCUAGUCUCCUCUUGAAACCAACAGACAGUCUAGAAACGCAACUCGCAACAGCAGCAAACAGCUGCCACGUUACCGAAGCCUUGAUGCGGUGGAGUAAGCAACUUUGGACUAUUCCGGCCUCGCUGCUCGAAGCAUCACAAAGGAAAGCUCAACAACACAGACGAAAUAAUCACACUUGA